CAAAAGAGCAAAGCAAAGCACCAAAAAAGUAAAAUAUCAGAAAGGCAAGGCAGCAGCAAGUGAUGCACCAAAAAGCGAAGUCCUAGCAAAAGAGCAAAUACUAGAAACCAGUACCAGUAAAAGCGAAGUUCUAGCAAAGCACUAG